AUGGCAGAUUCGCAAUCACCGGCUCCAACAGCUGAGGCACAUCGUCUGGUUCAAGAGAAUGCGCCAACCAUCUCAUCGCCGCUAAACCCUGAGGUCAGAGGCCGCUCACAGCGCGAGCGCAAAGAGACGGCCAAGAAGCGUGAGGCCACACGCGGCACCACACCGACAGUGCCAUCCAAACGCAAGGCUCCUGGCCUUUCGAACGGCCGCCAUGCUGCUGCUCAGUCGGCUCCGUCUCCCAUGCGCUACCAGAUUCCUCCGCCAAAAACAUCCGACUACGAUCCACCCAAGCCGCCCGUCUUCACCUCACACGAACCUCUACCCUACACCACACCUGAUGGCAAGACGGAACUCAAANAAGUGACAGACCAAGCCGAGAACAAGCGCGCAUACCGAUACACGUUGGCCGUGGCAGACCCCAACUUCCGACACAAGCAGUUUUAUCGCCAGUCGGACGGCUUGCCCUAUGGAGCCCGCAUGUCUUUUGAAGAUGCCGACCGUUCAAUACACUACGAUACCAAUGGCCACAUUAUGACCAACAGCAGAGGAUGGCGCAUGGCGAGAGCUAACGUCUGCGCCCGCGAGGGUUCGCUGUACUACGAAGUUCGUAUUGUGCGUGGUGUGCCUGUUGUUCAGUCAGAAGACACCAAGGGACCCCAGCCACAUGUACGAGUCGGAUGGGCACGCCGAGAAGCUCCUCUGGAUGCCCCAGUCGGCUUUGACGGCUACAGCUACGGCAUCAGCGACUUGCGUUUCGAGCCCAUGCAUCGUAGCAGACCAUCCAAGUUCUUCCAACAAAAGACAUCAAAAUCAAAGGCCAAUACGCCAAUUCAGCUUGACGACAGCAUCCGCGAAGGCGAUGUUGUCGGUCUCGAGAUCACUCUGCCCUCACUGGCCCUGCAUCAAAAGGUCGUCGAGGGCCAUUACAACCCUGCCGUCGACCUCGGCGAUGGCUUUGAAGAACAGCCUCCACUGCCCGAUCCUUCUGUGGAAAUUCACCACAUCAUCCGCGACCGUAUACCCGUUCCUUACAAAGGCAAUGUUUACUUUGAGAUCAUGGAUUAUGUCUCAACCAAACCUGUCGAAGCAUACGCAGACCGCACCCUAUCUCUAACCUCCCUGUCCACACCUGCUCCUGGCGCCCCAACCUCCAUCAAAUCACAGCCUAAUCCUCAUCACCAAGAUCCUCCGCUCCGUACUCUGCCGCACAGCAGCAUCCGUGUCUACAAGAAUGGUCAACUGAUCGGUACUGCCUUUGAGAAUCUUCUGGCCUUCCUGCCCCCAGCCAGCCAGGUCAGCAAAGCUCAAGGCGCACGCGAAGGCUUUGACGAUGGCAUGCUCGGCUAUUUCCCUGCUAUUGCCUGCUUCAGUGGUGGUAUUGCCGAGCUCAACUUUGGCGAGAAUGGCUUCUGGAACCCACCACCUCACCUCAAACCCGCCCCCGCGAUUGCGGAUACUUCGGACUCGAACCAUAGAUUCUACCCUGGCAGUUCUCUCCGACCCAUCUCCGAAAGGUUCAAGGAGCAGAUAGCUGAAGAUAUGGUGUGGGAUGUGCUCGACGAAGUCGACUUCUUUAGUCAAGAUGGUGGUUUUGGAGGUAAGGUCGGCGCCGGCGCAAAUGCUGUCAAGAAGGGUGUUGCCAGCUUGAAGGAGGAGAUGGACUAG